AUGAAACUUCUGAAACUUCCUUUGAAUCCUCUUGGGCUUUAUGGCGGGCUAUUGGUACGAAAUUAUGCGAAGAGAGCGUUGAAAACCGAGCGAUCUAGAGGUUCUCUCAAGUUGGCAAGCUCUGUGGGGCCUAAGAAAAAGAUACGUUCCAGGAAUAGCUCGAAGGAUAAGUCUGAGUCCAAAGGUCCUAAAUCUUUUCGCUAUGGAAACUUUGGUGGUUUAAAAGACAGUGUUUCCAGCAAUGGCGAGGGAAACGAGAGAUUGCUAUCAAAGAUCACCGAUUUCGACCAAUUGAAAAUAUUACCAUCUGUUAGGACAGCUGUGAGGCAAAUCAUUGAGGCCGAAUCUCUCUACCAGGGUAAUGAGAUUAUACCGUCGCCUAUUCAGGUCAUGUCAAUAAAGAGAAUGGCAUCUAGGCUCAUGGAUCCUAAGCUACAAGUGCAUGCAAUUGCGGCGGAGACUGGCUCAGGUAAGACUUUGGCAUACCUUGUUCCUCUUUUGGACUAUUUAAAGAGGCAAGAAGUUGAAUUUCCGGAGUUGUGGGAGAGUUUGAAGGAUAAAGCUGUAAUAAGGUCUGUGAUUUUAGUCCCCACUCAUGAAUUGGUCACGCAAGUGCAUGAUACAGUUUCGAAGACGGAGGGUGUUCUUGGGCUGCAUACCUACAAGUGGGGGGCUGGGUCGCCCUACACAGAGUUCUUGGAUAAAGUGAAGGAAAGAAUUGAUAUUCUGGUUACAACGCCAGCGAAAUUACUCUCGCUAUUCAAUAUCCGAAUGAUUAGUAGAGCCGACAAACUCCUUUCUCAUGUCAAAUUUAUGGCUCUUGAUGAAGCCGAUACUCUCAUGGAUCAAUCUUGGAUAGAAGAGACGCAUCAAGCAAUCAGAAAAAUGCCUAAUGCAAAUCAUGUGGUAUUUUGUUCGGCUACGAUACCAACCGAGUUCAAUAAAACGCUUGAUAGAUUAUUUCCCACGCUUGUUUCAAUAACCACGCCAAGGUUGCACAAACUUCCUAGUAUGUUGGAAUUCAAGAUGAUUGAUGCUUCUCUAAAUCCAUACAAGGGAUCGAAAAUAAAAGCUUUGGCACAAACUUUGUAUGCCAUUGUCAAUGAUGGAACGGAACUUGAUUACGAAAAACGAUGUAUUGUAUUUGUAAAUGAGAAGAAGGACGUUCCUGGCGUGGUUGAAAAGCUAUCCAAAACCUAUGGACAUGACUGCGUUGGACUCACAGGCAGUGAUACUGCUGAAGACAGAGCGACUAAAAUCAAGACCUUUUUGGAUCCUCCAAGGCUUUUGCGAAGUGCAACGACCCGCAAUUCAAAAGACCGUAAUGUGAGAAGGGUUAAGGUACCGGAUUCGAAUGUUACUAUUGUCUAUGAUAACGCUGCGCGGACUGAGGAAACGAAAUCUCCAUUGAAAGUUCUCGUUACAACGGAUUUGAUGGCCAGAGGCUUAAACUUCAAAGGCGUUAGAAAUGUCAUUCUGUAUGAUGUUCCCAAGACAUCUAUCGAUUUAGUGCACAGGGCGGGUAGAACAGGUAGAAUGAGACAGAGCGGUAGAGUAUUUAUGAUAGUAGAGAAAUCUACUAAAUCGUGGGCAAGAGCAAUUCCCAAGGUUGUUAAGAAAAACAUUGCAAUAUCAUGA